GUUUUGAAAGAAACAGAAGACAAGCAAAUGCUGUGCGUGUGCUUGUAAACACGAAUUUCAUGUCAUUAUAUACCUUUUGUACUUGAUGAAUGUGUAAUGUGUUCGGCGUGUGUACUGUAGUUUUCUCGUGAAAAUGGCAGGCAAUAAGGAUUACAAACAGAUCUCUAGCUUGAUAGGUUCUAUAAAGAUUGAACCAGGGACUUCUGCAUCUCCUGGGCGAUUACCAUCUUUCAGGGGCGCACGGGAUCUAACACUUGGUGCUUUAACAGCAGGAAAGACUAACAUUGGCGAUUCUAAGCAGCGUAAAGUGUACAGACCCAACGUAAAUGUGCAGCGAAAUAAAAAUAAAGAUGAUGGAAAGGGAACGGAACAGCACCCUAGAUGGAGAGAUAAUAAAAAAGAAAGGGACCCGAGACCGAACAGGACAAGGAACGCCAACUAUGUGCAGUCAACAGGUAUAUUUUCAGAAGGUUUAGCAGCUGGAGAGAAGAAACGUGGUACUCGAGUAAGCUAUGGCAGUGAGAGAGAUAAUGAAGCCACCUUCAUACCAAAGCCAAAGCUCAACCUAACGUAUGAGAGAAAGUUUGAUAAAGAAGAGGAUGAACAAAAACUCAAGGAGCUCCUGCGUGACGAUUUUGUAGAUGAUCCUGCUGCCCUGGACAAAUCAUUUGCACCUGUUGAGCUGCCAAUGAUUAAAAGAGAAAAAAAUGUGAAGCAAGAAAUAAAGACUGAAGUGAAACCUGAAAUUAAGAAGGAAAAAGAUGUGGAUGAAAUAGAAAAAACAGUUAUUUCAGUUAAGCAGGAGAAACCUGAUAAAAAUGAUGUUGAAACUAUGCAGACGGAUUUUGGAGGACACAGUGCCCAAACUGGUGCUGAAAAUGAAAUGCAUAGGAUUUUUAAUAGUACGGAACCACAACUUAUUUUCUUUCAGUUUCCCGAUUGUCUACCUGGUUUGAAACCUGAGCAGUCAUCUGGUCCUGCCAGGCCAUCGACAGCUAGACCUUCAACUGCAGCAAGGCCUUCAACCUCGGCAAAGCCACCAGCUCCAGCUGAACAUUCGGCAAAUGAAACUGAUAGUGAAAAUAGCAACAGAUGCACUCUAAAAGAUCUGUCAGAAGGUCUGAUUGGCAAGGUGCAGCUGCUGAAGUCUGGGCGUGCAAGGCUUGUGCUGGGUGAUACAGUGCUUAAUUUAGAAAUGGGCACCCAGCUUGGCUUCCGACAGGAUGUUAUAUGUGUCAACUUGGACCCUUCAACACACGGUGGAGAAAUGAUAAAUCUUGGGCCUGUCAACAAUCGUAUAAUCUGUUCACCUGAUCUGGAAACUAUGCUGGCAACAACAAAAGCUUGAGUCAUACAAUAAUCAUCAAAUUGUUAAAAUUCUUCAUGCUUGCUGCACACAGUUCAUCUGUUCAGCUGAUCUGGAAACUAUGUAUUCAACCACAAAGGCUUGAGUAAUACAAUAAUCAUCAAAUUGUUACAACCUUUCUGGACCAGUGUGGAGUAUUCUUCGUGCUUUCUUUAUUGUGACACACUUUCACUUUCUGUGUGUAUGUGGGAGGAUUGGAUAAUGUCACCUACAGCAGAUGCAGAAAGAUAAAUGUGAAAAUAUCUGUUCAUUGUCACCAUUAUGUAUUGGCCAAGCCAACCAAAUUGAAUCUGGUGUUGUACAUAUUGAGAGUUGUAUAAUCAUAAUAUAUUUGUAUUUAAUGAAAAA